AUGAUGCCACAGGUACUACCAAAAAGAAGAUCAGAAAAAUCCGAUGAAAGAAGAAUAAGUACCAGUAGUAGUACAAAUAGUUCCAAUAAUCAUAAUCACACUCCUAAUAGAGCAACACCCACCUCCAAUAGGAUUAUGGCAAAUAGAAAGGUACUGAACCGAAUUAUGUCAGCAAGACACGUCAGCAGGUCUAUAGCAGAAGAUGCAGACACUAGCAAUUCAUUUGACGAUGGAAUUGGCUUCAAUGAGAAUAAGCAUACCAUCAUGUCUAAUUUUGAAGAAUGGAUUAAAAUGGCAACAGAUAAUAAAAUCACGGUCAAGAAUUCUUGGAAUUUUGAUUUGAUUGAUUAUUUUCACGAUUUGAAUGUGAUAAAAGAUGGUGAGAGUAUAAAUUUCCAAAGGGCAUCGGCUACUUUAGAUGGGUGUGUAAAAAUAUAUUCGAAUAGAGUUGAAUCAGCUGCCACCGAAACGGGUAAGUUGUUAAGUGGAUUAAGUAAAAAAGAUGAUGGGCAUCAUGGUAACCAAGAAGCCGGCAAUGGUGAUGAUGAUGAAAAUGGAGAGAACGGUGACGAUGAUAGAGAUGGCAAUGACGAAGAUUCUAGAAAGAAAAGGAAGUUUAAUCGUAUUGUUGAGUCGACACUAGUUGAGUUUGAUGCUAUAAAAGUGAAAAAACUAGAGCAAGAAUUGGCUAUUGAUCCAUUAUUUAAAAAGGCACUAGCUGAGUUUGAUGAAGGUGGCGCCAAAAGUCUAUUGUUGAAUACGUUAAACAUAGAUGUAUCUGGAAGAGUGGUAUUUGAUGCAACAUCAAACCCUAUUCAAGAGACUGAAGAUGCCAAUCAAAUAGAAACUGAUUCCCAACAAGUACAGGAACUACAAACAUCAGAUACAAAACAGUCAGCCAUAUCAUCAUUAAAGCUGUUUUUGUUCAAGGAUAAUGAGAAUUUUGACGACCUAACUCUUUGUCCUUCAUUAGUCGAGUUCCAAUCUGCAUUAGCAGAUGUCAAUAAAGCUAAAAGUAUCCUUAAUGACUUUAACUCAAAGAUUACUAAUGCAGCACAAGAACCACUUGCUUUCAAAGAAUCUGAAGAGAAUAAUGACUUUGAUCUUGGGGACUUUAACGACUUUGGUGGUAAUGACGACUUCAAUGAUGAUAUAAAUACUCAUGAUAACAGUAGCCACAACGAUCCUUAUAAUAACAUUGAUAAUACAAUCAUGAAAGCCUUGUUUAAUGAUAAAACAGACAGCAGCAUUUAUUCGCGAACACAAAGCACAGCAAUUAUGGACCAGGACUUGAUGGCAUAUUUUGAUGACCGAAUGAAAUCAAAUUGGCGUGGUCCUGAUAAUUGGAAAGUUGCUGCAUUUAAAAAGGCUAAUAAUAUUGACCAAAAGCAGUCUGAUUCCUCAGUUAAACAAGAAUCAUCAGCUCAGACGUCGACAGCAAGAAGAAAACCUGAGAAUAUCAUUAUAGAUUUUUUCAAUGAUGACGAUGAUGUUGAUGAAGAUAUUCUUUUUGAACCACCAAAGAGUUUAAACUCGAUACUGAAGAAAGGUAAUUUUAAACUGUCUGACUAUAUACUACCUGAUGACAUAAAAUAUAACUCAGCAAGACUAACCAAUUUGUUUACAAAACCUCAAAUUGCUAUAAUGUAUUACGGAAAUAAGAGAUUACAAGGAAUCGAUGGACAGCUACUCACCGAUCAAAACUAUUUUGCAGAACAAUAUAGGCAACACGAAGAAGAAGAAAGAGAUAGACUUGCUAACUCAUUUCAUCAAGCUGAAUGUGAAGAUUUCGACAAUGAUUUUGGUGAUAACAAUGAUUUUGGGGGAGUAGAUUUCAAUGAUGCAUUAGAAGCCGAUGUACCAGAAGUAGCCACUUCUGAAACUCAGAGUGUUAUGGGUAAGAGACGUCCAGAGUAUGUCAAUUUCUCAAGAGUUGCUAAACGAGUUGAUGUGAAAUUGUUGAAGGAUAAUUUAUGGGUUGUCAUGAAGAAUCAAUUAGCAGACCAAAAGGAAGAUUCUCCAGAUAAAGAAGAAGAAGAAGAAGUAGCCGAAAAACAGACUACCAUUGAUUUCAAAAGUGUUGUUCAAAAUGUUUUACGUACAUACAGACCAGAGCAGGCAAAGGAUUUAUCAACUAGUUUUUGUUUUAUUUGUGUGCUACAUCUUGCCAACGAACAUGGAUUGGCUAUUCAAAGUAAUGAAGCUCAUAAUAAUUUAACUAUUAUAGGCUCCUAA